AGAAAAAGAAAAAGUGUUCAUUAAUCAGAAGCUAAUAUUGCUCCACCAAUCUUAUGUUGGCACUGUGACGUGGCUACGGUGGAUCCCACGAUUUAAGCGUUUGAUUUGAGUUAAUUUAUGUAGCGCGUCAUUUUCAAAUGCCUACGUAUCAAGCAUUGCACGCUGCCAGAGUAACAAAUAAUUUUGUGUAACCGUUGAGACGGUAGGAUGAGAUGAAAGCAAAGCAAAAGCUCUGUGAAGCCGUUGAUCUACUCUACUCCCGCGGCCCCACAGGAUCCAAUGGCUACGCGCGUCUCUUGCUUGAAUGCAUCCGUACAAACGAUUUCGAGCAAGGAAAGAGACUGCAAUCUCACAUGGAACGCCACUGCUUCAAACCCAACGACACCUUCCUCCAAAACCGCCUUCUGCAUCUAUAUGCCAAGUGCGGCAAAAUCUCCAGCGCCCAGCAACUGUUCGUCAAAAUGCCUCAACGAGAUGUUUUCUCAUGGAACGCCAUGCUCUCGCUGUACUCGAAAUUGGGUCUGGUUGAGAACUUGCGAGAGCUCUUUAAUCGAAUGCCCACCCGCGAUUCCGUCUCGUAUAAUACUGUAAUUGCGGGCUUUGCAAGCUGUGGUUGUUCCGAGGAUGCUCUGGAUUUUUUCCUAUGGAUGCGAGAAGAAGGAUUCGAACCGACGGAGUAUACCCAUGUGAGUAUUCUAAAUGCAUGUUCGCAGUUACUGGAUUUGAAGCUCGGUAAGCAGAUUCAUGGACGUCUUACUGCUAGUAAUUUGAAAAUGAAUGUGUUUGUCUGGAAUGCUUUGAUUGAUAUGUAUGCGAAAUGUGGCGAGAUUGAUCAAGCGCGGAGCUUGUUCAAUCAAAUGCUCGAUAGAAAUGUAGUUUCUUGGAAUUCAAUGAUUGCAGGUUAUUUGAAGAGUGGGCAACCUGGGAAGUGCCUGGAUUUGUUUCGCCAAAUGCAAGUUUUGGGUGUUGAGCCGGAUUUGGUUACGUUGUCUAGUGUUCUAGGUGCCUAUCUUCAGAGUGGAUUGGUAGAAGAAGCACGUAGGAUUUUUAGUGAGAUGAAUGAGAAAGACAGGGUUUGUUGGACGACAAUGAUUGUGGGUUAUGCGCAGAAUGGAAGAGAGGAGGAUGCCUUGGUGUUGUAUAGUGAAAUGCUGUCGGAAAAUGUUAGGCCAGAUAGUUUUACUAUGUCGAGUGUGGUGAGUGCUUGUGCUGGAUUGGUGUCUCUGGAUCAUGGGAAGGUAGUUCACAGCCAAGUAAUUUUGAUUGGAAUUGAGGUUGAUUUGCGUGUAUCAAGUGCCCUUGUUGAUAUGUACUCUAAAUGUGGAGAAAUCACAGAUGCUUAUGAUGUUUUCAAUAGAAUGGCGACCCGGAAUGUGGUAUCUUGGAAUGCCAUGAUCAUGGGCUAUGCACAAAAUGGAAUGGAUAAAGAUGCUUUGGUUCUUUACGAUAGGAUGUUGAAGGAAAACUUGAAGCCCGACAAUAUUACCUUCGUGGGCAUUCUGUCUGCUUGCAGCCAUGCCUCCUUGAUCGAAGAUGGGCAGAUAUAUUUUAAUUCGAUUAGCAAACUGCAUGGAAUGAAGCCUACUUCGGAUCACUAUGCGUGUAUGGUCAAUCUCCUUGGUCGUUCAGGGAAUGUGGUUGAAGCAGUCAAUUUGAUUAAAGGCAUGCCUGAUGAACCGACAUCCUUAAUUUGGUCCACGCUUUUAUCUGUUUGUAGAAUAAACAGUGACAUCAAACAUGCAGAGAUUGCAGCAAGGCAUCUUUUUGAAUUGGACCCACUUGAUGCGGGACCUUAUAUCAUGUUGUCGAACAUGUAUGCUGCUUCUGGAAGAUGGGAUGAUGUUGCAUCUGUGAGGUCUCUUAUGAAGGACAGAAAGAUCAGAAAAUUGGCAGCUUACAGCUGGAUCGAGUUCAAUAACAAGGUACACAAGUUCAUAUCGGAUGACAGAACUCAUCCUCAAACUGAGGAGAUUUACAGAGAACUGAGUAGACUGAUGGUGAGACUGAGAGAGGAGGGUUUCGUUCCCAACACAAACCUCGUUCUUCAUGAUGUGGGGGAGACAGAGAAGGUUGAAUCCAUCUGUUAUCAUAGUGAGAAGCUCGCUCUUGCAUUUGGAUUGAUCAGGAAGCCUCGAGGGGCGCCCAUAAGGAUCGUGAAGAACAUACGUGUUUGCAGUGAUUGCCAUUUGUUCAUGAAGUUUGUUUCCAAGGUUACUGAUCGGCAUAUUGUGUUGAGAGAUUCAAACAGAUUCCAUCAUUUUGUGGGUGGGCAAUGCUCCUGCAAGGAUUAUUGGUGAUGGGAGCUGUUUUUCUUAAGGGCCUGUUUGGAAUUUGGAUUGGAGAGGACUUUUCAGAAUAUGUCAUCUGAAAAAAUGUAUGGAUGUCUGGCUUGUGCAAAACAUUCCCAGCAGAGGUAGAAAUGCUGCAAACCAUUUUAUCAACUUGCAUUGUUUCACUUCCUACUCAAAGCAAAAUGAGUUGCACUAAUCCUCUCUGACUCGAUCAGAACCACUUUUAUAUAAAUAGAACCCAAGCAUAGGCUUCUGGUCCUUACGAUGCUUAUACCAUGAAAGGAAGAAGCUUUUAAAAGAUGCAUGCAUUUUAAGGAAGUAACAACGGAGGGAAUAAUAGAACAGGAAGAGCACCGGGAUAUUGCAUUGGAAUCACGAAACAAGAGUAAGUGGUGCCUGUGGGGUGAGGGAACUGCCUCAAAGCCUUUGCUGCAGCAACUUUCAUUUAGACAUGCAAACUGGAUAAACAGAAUGCAUUGACAUGCAUACAUGAUUGUGGUGAUAUUACUGAGAAAUAAGAAGCAUAAGCCAUCUAUCAAAGAUAUAGAUGGGUCAUCCAGGGCUUGGCGUGGAUUGUUUAUCAACUAUGUUUCUUGUGCAUGGGAACUGGAAUUGUACAUGACAGCAAUGCUUGGUAAUCUCUGAAGUUCUGCAUGGAUACAGGCAUGAAUAUGAAUAUGGAUAGUUUUGUACCA